ACCAUUUCCCCGUGGUUAUUUAGUUUCAUUAACGAUCAAUAAUACAUUAUUUUAUGGCUUGUCGAUUAUAACAAUUUGUUUGCAGUGGCAUCGAUUUCGUCUACGUCUUCUCAGAUAGCAAUUUGUGAGGGGGUUCUCAACGCAUUGUACAACAGCUUACAGUUAAUGAGUUACGUAUCACAACACACGAUGUCAAACUCUACGGAGGACGCCGAAGUAGCUGCAAGUUAUGCAUACAGCGUAGCGUCUGUCUUGACUGUUCUACUAUUUUUUGGAAUAAUUAUGAAUAGUUUAAUUAUAGGCUGUUUUAUUUACAAUCGUAAAAUAAGGACAUCUGCGAAUGUCUAUUUCCUGAGUCUUGCCUGUUCUGACUUUAUGUUGUCGGCCGUCGGUCUACCGCUCUACGUUGCCUUUAUUCUCUUCCGAUUUACAUGGAAGAUCAGUGCAGUAUGUUAUUUUUUGCGUGCGACUGUGACAAUGUCCUUUCAGAUGUCAAAAGUAACCGUCCUGAUCAUCUGCUAUGAGAGGUACAGAGGCAUCUGUGAUCCGUUGGGAAGUGUCGUCAAGAAUUCUAGAACGCGUUCUCGGAGGAUCAUAGUCAUAUCCUGGAUUCUUACAUUCGCAUUUGUUAUUAGUUCAAAAACAGUAGAAACUAUCUUGUCAAACAAAUCCGAACCUUGUGUACUUUUUGAUUUCAAUCUGGCUAAGUCUUUCUUUGCCACUCUUACUUACAUCAUCCUGCCUACUAUGUUUAUCGUUAUUCUUUACUUGAGAAUUUACAUAAUCGUACGUGACCGGGAACGAAAUAAGUCUAAUUUAGACGCAAGGAUCAUACCAAAAGUUGUUGUAACGGUGGAAGGGGAGUCAAUUUGGAAGAGAACUUUAGGUUACGCGUGCCACUGUUGCGUCAGGCGUAACAGCAACGGUGAUACUCCUGAGGCGGCGUCUGGUAGCGCAGUUCUUGUUCAUUUUUCUAGUCUUACGGACACUCAGAGUACGACUGAUCUAUGCUACGGUAACAUGUCAUACGUACAUGAAGACAUCAAAGAAACUACAGUGACAGGCCAAUAUAUUGCUUCAAUUGAACACCACAUUAGGCCUAACUUUACUGACACGUUCGGAAAAACCAAAGAAAAUACUAAAAGUUCGAACGGUGUAACCAAAGUUUCAAGGAUUCUAAAGAAACUGAUAGCUUGUUAUCUAAUCGUACUUAUUCCACAGACCAUAGUCAUUACUGUCGAUAGUCUUUGUGUUCAUCUCAAACAGGAAUGCAUUCCAUUUGAAAUAAGUUUCAUUUUGAAGGUGAUGCCUAUGAUAAUAUGUAUACUAAAUCCACUCUGUUACGGCCUAACCAACAAAGACAUUAAAAAGACGAUAAAAUCAGUAUUAGGAAGAAAAACUACAUGGAAAUAAUAACUGGUAUAUUUUAAGCAGAGCUAGAAACUGUAGAAAUAAUCAAAUAAGUUGCCCGGUCCUACCAUGCCAAAAUAUUAUACUGUAUCUUCAUUUGUACUAAUAGUUCCAAUACAAUUAAUUGUUAAAUAAAAUAAUAAUAAUAAUAAUAUUAGUAAUAAUGAUAAUGAUA